UAGCCAAACAAGUAGUAGCCUAGGGUAAAUAUAUUUUUAUUCUCUCGAGUUUCAAAUCUAUACAGACGAUCGCAAAGCUAGUAACUGCCCUAACGAGCGAUUAACUGUCCCCUCUGCCAAGCUGCGAUGGGUAAACAGAUCUAAAUACCGUUGGCUGACAGUUCAGAAACACGGUCGCAAAAUACAUAGGAAUCUUACAUCACGAUCGGAAUGCAAAACAUCCAUUUAUAGGAAGGUAAAACAUCCUUGCAGCGGAAAUGAACCAGGAAUCUCUCCGCGCGUGGACAAACAUUUAUGAUAUGGAAAAAGUGAUUAUAAUAAAUGUUGAUGCUUACAACUAUGUCAUUGGGCUUAAUGAAUUUCUGGGAAAAUUACGAAGACAUGUUUUUUUGUCUUAAUGUAUUUAUCAAUUGCAUGUUAGCACUUUCCUUACAUGCAUUGAAAACAUUUCAGGCAUUCCGUCCAUUCUUUUGUGGCUUAAUUACACUGGAAUUUUGAACACUCCAGUAUUAAGUUACCUCCCCUCUCGUGCAAAUUGUCUAUCCUGUGUUCAACCGACAGUUUUUCUUCACUACAGUUAUACGACAAAGACAUAAAUGAUGGUAAUUACUGGCAUUCAAGUACAGAAGAGACUAUUUUGGUAACAUGACGACGGCAAUAUAAAUGAAUUCAAAGAAUGCGAACACACUUGUGUACCGCAACGGAAAUAUGCAUUCCUAACAUUCUCGUAAUCAGUCACCACAGAAUUCCGAGAGCUCGAUCCCUGUAGUUUUGACGACUCUAUCAUCCCUCGAAUAGUUUUCCUAUAGUAAAACGCUCGAAUAAAUUAUUAGCGGACUUUUGAAAGAUGAAGAUUCGACGAGGUCACACAAUAUCAUGUCACGCUAAGAAGGUCACGUCUGACUGAAAGCUUACCUGUGUAGAUACCAUCUGAGUGUCUGUCGCUUCUUGAAUCGAUCGUAUAUAUAAAGCCUACAUCUACGUGGUCUAGAUAUAACAGAUCGAUGGAAAGAGUGAAUUAUCACACACCCUUCUGCCCAGGUCGACCGAAUUCUUGCAGUGUAAGUCAUCACGAUUUGGUGAACAUUUUAUGCUCGGAUUUCGAUAAUUCCUCUGGUAACUUGUCAGUGGAAAUGAAACAGUGCAUCGAAAUAGCCAAAACAUUUGGCUGGGACCAAAACAGUAACGUUCCUGAUCCUUUAAAAGAGUUAAACUGUCCGCUGCUCUUCCUGGCUAGUGCGUUUGGAAAGACAGGUGUUGUGGAAGGACUUCUUCGAAACGGUUUCAACCCUGGCGUUGUGAAUGAACACGGCGAAACUGCUUUGCAUGCUGCGGUAAAACACUUGCACAUGUAUAGUAAUCCGACGGGGAAAGCCUUCAGGAAAAGGGAAGACGUUUUUCAGCGUAUUUUACUUACGCUAAGCGCUGCUGAUCCUAAGAUCUUAGAGGCUCAAGAUAGCGAAGGUCGUACAGCUCUACAUGUGACAGCCAUUGCAAGCUUGGACCGCAGUGGAUUCGCUGACUGGAACAAACGGCCAGCUCUCUUUUCUCAAUUCUGUUUGAAGGCUAUGAUUAAACGCCUCAAGGAGCUUGAAGCUGCAGCUGUGCUAACCAGAGAUGAGGUUUUACACAUCGUCAAAACUACCGAACAUCGAAAUGGUGAUUCCGUUUUGCACAUUUUGGCCGGCGAUACCGAGUUCGGAUUUGAGACACUGAAAUACAUCUUAGACUUGUUUCUUCCUGGAAGGCUGCCGGACGAAAAAAACAACGAAGGCAAAAGCGUUUUUUCCAUCGCCUGGGACAUUGACUCAGAAAAAGCUUUGAUGUUAUUUUUUUCCGGACCAUCGCAACGUCUUGAGCAAGGAAAAAGCUCCCCUUCUGCUGCACAAUCUGGAGGAAAGCCAGCCGUUAACAAUACCGAGGACCAAAACCAAAUAGUAAUCAAUAUUGAUAUAAUGGAAGCAGAUGGCAAUCAGUCUGGUGUCCCUGAAGGUUCCAGUACCACUGCCACAGGGAGCCCAGUCCCUAAAGUAGUUGUGACUUCAUUCGACCCUAAAGCUGACUCCCUUGAAGCAGAAUUACCGACGAUCGCAGAAUUUUGGUCGCUGGCUAGUGAGGGAUGUUCAGAGAACAGCCGUGAGAAAACUAGGGAUGAAAAAUCCGCUGGCGCGACUUCUUCAAGUGACAUUGAAGCUGUCGAUGAAAAAAUUCAUGAUGCAGUUAAUCUGCCGUCUAUUUUGAGUUGUUUGGAGUCUUCCUCCACUGAUUCGGGAUCCUCUCGCUUGUCUAGCGAGGCUGAAGCUGUGGAAGCGGAGAUCACUUUGGGGCGGAAACGCAAAAAAGACGCUGGAGUUAACGAGUGUUUAUCGGAUCUCGCAGAUGAAGGCCUGGACCUUUUUGUGGACACCCCAGGCAAGGUGGCUUUUGUUGGAGUUCUGUUAACAAAUUAUCAACAGAAACUGAGUCAAGUACAGGACAGCUACAUGAAGUUCAGGCAGCUGAGAGUGGAAGGCGAAACGGCUUUGAAGCAGAAGAAUAUAAAAAUGGAACUUUUGAGGAACGAGCUUGAUCUUCUUAAAAAAGAGAUCUCUGCCAAAAAGAGGAGCGUCAAAGACCUCCAAAAGAGAGAAGAACUAUUGUGUAAAGAGAAAACAAAUAUAAUGAAAAAGAUCUCGCAUUGCGAGACACUUAAAAAUCAGUUUGAGGGGAAAAAGUCUCGCUCGAAGUGACUAAAUUCGUCUAUAAUAAGUCGUUGUGUUCGUCUCGCGUGCUUUACAAUGUGUAAAUCCUUACAGAGUCUAACCAACAAGCUUAGAAGAUUGUAGUCGGCGCGGGAAUCCAGUGUGCAGAAGAAACGAAGGGCAGAUAUUACUGAAUUUUAGCACAGCUGUUUUUGAAACUCGGACGGGAACUAGUAGCUGAAUGUUCUCCUUUUUGGUGCUAUCGACUUUGUUCCAAAAAUAAAAAACGUCAAAUUGUAAAUUCUGAAACGGGUCGGCGCUUUCUAACUCACCAGUGAGUGGGAAAGCGUAUCAAACAACAAGAACGUUAACUUCUGGCUGUCGUCCAUGGUUCCAAAAACAGCUAUGAAGCUUGCGCAGUUUUAUGCACUCUGCAGUAGCUUUUUAGUGAUCUUGUGUGAAGCUGAACAGCAUGUAGAAGUGUCAUUGAUAGCUGACAACUUUUUUUUGAUCUGUAAGUUGGUUUUAGGGAGUCCACAAUAUUGAGAAGGAUUUCAUUGAACUGAGCUGUGUAAUUGCGCAUGAACCCUUGUCCUCGUAAUGGAAUAUUCCGUUGUAAUUGUUGCGGCAUUUUGCCUCUUAACAGAACUUUGAGCACUUCUCUAUUCCCCUUUUAUUUUUACUCAUUUAGGACGCGCGCACCGAGAGCGCGCGUAUUUUAGAUCGCACAUGUGAUGUAAUAUUUGAUAAACUGUCGCGCCAUACUGUUGUAGCCUUUUAGAAAAAGGGGGAAAUUUUUCGUUGAAAUGCAGGUUGUUUUAAUUUUUAGUGGUCUGCUUCGGUUUUGUUUUAGAAGUUAUCGGUUUUCCAAACUCACGGAAGUUCCUCUCCACAGUAAUAAUUGUGUUAUGAAAAUAGCAUUACCUACCAUUGCUGGCAAAAGUGUCACGUUAAAACACUAUUAUGUUUGAAUACCAUGGACAAACUUUACUCCUCCCUUCGAAUUCCCUCCAAGAUAAUUAUCUUUAAAAAAUGUUGGAUUUUUAGUCUCGAUUACUUAGGUCCCGACCACACUAUUGCGUUUUCAAAAGUCUCCGUUUUCACUUCGAAGAAAUCGAAGCAAAAUGUUUCCACCCUCACUAGCGUUUUUGCAUCGCUUUUUGACCUGUCCACACUAAUCCGUUUUCAUUCGAAAACGUUAAUAGCGACAGUACAUCACGCUUUUUUCCGCACUGUUUUCAAAAAGCCUUCGUUA